GUCCUUGAGGACUCAGGGGCAGUGUAGCAAUUAGAUACAGAUAUGAAGAAAUAACGCUAUGAUUUGAAAGUACUUGGAUUCCUGUCCUGUGCCCUCUAUUAAAGGUCCACAGACUGUAGCAGCAGAAGCGUGGCCACUCCCACAUGAAGGGCCAUGGCUCCUUGUUUAUUUUUGCUACCAUACAAAUGCAUUUUUAGCCCAUCUGUGCAAAACCGGUCAAGUUGCAUAGUGUUGAAGAGGUGGAGAGAUGCAAUACUCCGUGUUGCUGGAUAGCCAAGCCAGUGAGACUAUAAGAGAAGUGAGCCACAGCUGUAUGACAGAGCUCCUUUUUCCCUGUGCAGUUAAGGACUACUUUGCAACUCUGCCAACAAGAGGACAGUAUGUUAUGACAAGACAGUGGCAAGCGUCAAGGCACCGGCUCCACGCUCUAGGCGCUGCAACUAGCAUGGGGGGUUUUGUUUGUUCGUUCGUUUAAGUAAUUUUUUCUAAGUUUUUACUUUAAUGCCAUUAGUAGUCUGCAAUUUACUGAAGCUUUGUUUGAUUGUGUUAAAAUGUAAGUUGUUCAACUAAGUAUAUUUCUAGUGAAUUCAUGUUGUUUUGCAUGAUUGAUCUCACGGUCAUUUAUUGUUCCACUAUGUUUUUGUCAUCACAAAAGUUGUCUAAAAUCAUAUUUUCUUUCAAACCACUUAACUGCUUAUGAAGCUACAGAACAACACAAGGUUGCAAACAGAGUGAUCCCUUUGAUACUCAACUAGAAAUACCUGUUGAAUUUAACAAUUUGCCAUGUGUGGGCUCUUCUGAUUUUCCUCAUUUCCCCUUUGAAAUUCUGAUUUAUCCAAAUGAUAAGUAAGACAAAGCCAGUUGUCUGACAGAAGUCCUCUGUGUCACCAGAAUUAUUUUGUCAGCCCAAAUAAUGACCCCAUUUAAAGAAGUUGUGGAGGCUGGGAACAGCCUAUUUUCUCUAGAAGUGACUAGACUGAUGCUAAUUAUAUACCUGUCUGUUAUUUUCUUAUGUGUUAAUGACUGCAGAAACCUCACUGACCAAUUGUUUCUCAGUAUUCCUGGAUAGCUAGUUAUAACUUUCAUUCUCUCACUUGGUUUCACUUUUUAAUUACUUUCCAACCAUCAUAUUAUUUUUAAAUUAUUAUUUAAUUAUUUUCCAAUUGUCAUUUUAUUUUUGGAACACAGUCAGUACUAGGCUUGUAAUGUUCUGAUGUCUAGUGACAUUUCAAGGCAUUUCAAGGUUCUAAUAAUUGCUUACUCUGUUCCAAAAAAACUACCUUAUUUCAUCUGAAAUUUCCCUCAGAAUGCAGCCCCCUUUACACCUUAACUUAACCUUGAAAAUGGGUACGGAAGCAGUAUGGUAUUCUGCUCUUAUUCCACCCUGCACUGAUUUCUGUAUCUUGUUUUCACAGUAUGUACAUGCCUUCUAGGGGCAUGUUAAGAUACAUGUAGGGGCAUGUUAAGAUACAUGGUAUACUUCUUUUCCUCUGCAUUUAGGAAAAUAUUUUCUUGGCUGUGCAGGAUAUUGAGUCGUUGCUAGAGGUGGCAAAGUAAGGGAGUAUCUUGCAUCACAACGGAAGAUGAUAAAGCUUAUAAUAACCCUCAAUUUCUCAUAGUCUUAAGAAAUAGAAGUGAAAUAGAAGUGGGAGAGGCUACGGAAGUUGUUUAUUUUUGCUCCUUCUUCUUUCUUCUUCCCAACAGAAUCAACUUGAUCUGAACUACUCUGACAAGUGUUGCCAUCAGGAUUCAUUGCACAGUAUUCAGAUAGACCCGUAAAAGUGUUCUCUCUUGCAAAGAUAAAGUUUACUUACAUGUUUCAGAGAGCAACUGGUAACAUGGAUUGCACCUCGGAAGGGGACAGCUGAACUCUCCCUCUGGCUUUAGUGAGGAAAGAGCAGCGAUGAAAUCCGUGGACUGUGUGCACGUCAUCCAACAGAAGGAUACCGCCUCCUCUCCCUCUGCCCCCCCCGGUGCUGCUUCAGGCACCACGGGACUUUUUUCUGUCACAUUCCUGUGGCUUGCAAUGCUCCUCUCCUCUUGUCUUGCUGCAGUGUCUCUUUACUAUGUUAUCACCCUGAAAACAGAAUUAGAAACUCUGCGCAGCGAGCUGAUCUACAGGGUCCAGGCAAGGUCUCCGCUAGACCGGCCACCCGUAUCCCCUGAUGAAAAUAAAGCGGGUACCCCUGUUUCUUCCUUCCUGCAAGUGUCUGCAGCUGUUGCCAGGCAGGAGAACAGGCCUCCUGGUCCUGGCCCAGCUGAUAGCUUCCAAAAGGAAAUCUGGAACGGGAGCAGAAACAGGGGGAGAAGGUCUGUUGUCCAUACAGAAGAAAGAGUGCUGCAGGCCUGCUUGCAACUGAUUGCUGACAGCAAAAGUGAUAUCCAACAGAAAGAUGAUUCAAGCAUUGUCCCUUGGCUUCUGAGCUUUAAACGUGGAACAGCUCUGGAAGAACAAGGAAAUAAAAUAGUGAUCAAAGAAACAGGAUAUUUUUUCAUAUAUGGCCAGGUUUUAUAUACGGAUACAACAUUUGCUAUGGGACACUUAAUACAGAGGAAGAAGGCUCAUGUGUUUGGUGAUGAUCUCAGCUUGGUGACAUUGUUUCGUUGCAUCCAAAAUAUGCCACAGUCUUAUCCAAAUAAUUCUUGCUAUACUGCUGGCAUUGCAAAAUUAGAAGAAGGGGAUGAACUUCAACUUACAAUACCACGGAGAAAGGCCAAAAUAUCCUUGGAUGGAGAUGGUACCUUUUUUGGUGCAGUUAGACUGCUCUGAAGCCCUUCAUUUCUGUUAUUAUGCUUAAUGCAGCUUUCUUGUUUUCCUAUGCCUUUGUCAGAAAAAAUAUUGACUUGUAAUAAAGUUGCCAGUUCAGUCUCUCCCCAUCCACCACCAGCUUCUGAGAACUUUUCUUCAGUUUAAUAAGCAAACCCAAAACAGGAAACACACCAGACAUACUUGUGAGAUAUAACCAUCAUGUGACUACCAGAAAGCCACUUUAUUUUAGACAAUGGAAGACUCUAAAUAACAACUGCAAAGCAAUGGAUUUUUGGCUUUGCAACAAUUUCUCAUCCAUAAGGCAAAGCAAAGAAGGAGUUGCCCAUAAACUAUGGCAUAAACAAGACCAUUGACAAUCAAAUUAUUAUCCAUAAUUGAAAAGGAAAACUAAAACAAAAGGACCUCUUAGAUUUGAUUUGUUUCAUCAAUAAAAUAUUUGAAGUAUAAAGUACAGGGAAGUAACAUCAAACAGUAGAUUCCUCAUCACAAAAUGGAGGCUUCGGGUGGGUUCUCAGGGUUUUUUUUUGUUUGUUUUCUUUGACACCAAGAUUUUGGGGAAGGAAAAAGUCUAAGCAUAUGGGAUAAUGAAAACAAAUUCCUCAGAAAUAUAUAGAACAGUAGCCACUGGCUUGCUUCUUCCCUGUGAACAAAAGGUAUACAAAUUACUAAAAUCUAUUAGUAUUUACUAAUUAGAAUUAAUUUCACUGGAAAAGGGGCAUGUAAGAUACUUCAACAGCUCAAUCGUCAAAGCAUUGCUACUCAUCAAGGAAUAUGUGUAUACUUCUAUAUAAGCAAAGCAGGGAUAGAAAGAAACACAGUGAGAUUAGACACAAUACAGUAGGCAGAGUUGGAUUUCUGGCUUCGUAAUUUCUGCAGUCAUAUAUAGAUUUAUAUAUAUAUAGUACAUAUAUGUGUAUAUAUGAAAGUAUGUACACACACAUAUAUAAGCCUUUGGCAUUUGGGCAUAGAAUUUUGUCUUCUUUUGAAUAGUUUAUCCAAUGGAAAUAUUACUGCAUACACAUUUUUUUGUAUUUCUCUUGCUUUUUGCUAUGAUCCAUUCUAUGCAAUAUAGUAAAAAGAAAAAUACAGUAAACGUGGAACCAGCCAUACAACUAAGAAAAUACACUUAUAUCCCAGAAAUCUGGGCUCAGUCCUUAUGUUAACUAUAGGCUGCUUCUGCAGUUUUGAAUAUAUUGCACAACUCUCUUACAAAAAUAUCAGACCUGUAGAAAGACUAAACAGAUGUCAUUUUUUCUUUUCUUUUGGAUGUUUGCUUUGUUCAGUAGAUAAGAUUUAUCUGGUUUUUUACCCCAAGAAUCCAUGUGUAUUGCAUGGUCAAGGUAAUUGUGUGGUCAAGACUUCUAGGAGCUAUUGUAAUACAAACAUUGAAUACUUAUUCCACUGAUCUUUGAAGAAGUACUGAAGUGCUACUAAAUAGAUAAAAUAAUAAAACCCACAGUAAUGAACUGUGCUUCAUUUGAAAAUAUUUUUAGGGGUUGAGAAUUGUGUCAUAGAAGUUCAUUUAGUAAAGAAA